AUAAAAAUUUAAUUAUUAACGGAGCUUUUACUUGCUGCUCAUGCUUUUUUUUUUUUGCUAUCAUUUGGAGCGAUAAAAAUUUUCAAUAAUCAAGGUGUUUUAUUUUAAUCGCGUAGUGAAAGACACAAAAUGGCUGGAAAGAAGAGGCCAUGCUCUAAACCUAAGCGGAAACGUUGUUGUCCGCCAGGUGGACAUUUAUCUAGCUUUGGUUUUCUAAAUUUUUUACGAAAAUACAGAGAAACUCAUAUAGGAUUGUCUUCACUAGAUGCCGUACGAAGAUGCAUGGUUAGGUGGAAACGUUUGUCCGCCACUGACAAGAAAAAAUAUAGACAAAUGAAACGUCCGUCUAAACCUAAACAGCCGAAAAAGCAGAUUAAUCAGCGCGGACAACUAAAGAAAGGUCAAUUUUUUGAAUAUUUGCGAACUUUUCGUCAAAAUAAUUUGGAUAUGCCAAAUUCAGAAAUGAUUAUGAAAAGUGUUGAGAUUUGGACUAAAAUGUCGACUGAACAGCAAGCCCUGUAUUGCGACCGAAUUAGGCACUCUAAACAUGCAGUGCAUCCAGUUUCGGGGCCCAACACUAUAUAUUUACUUUAAAAACAAUUACGCAUGUGAUAUUGCUUCUAUAUUUCAUGUGAUAAAUGCAGAAAUAAAAUUAAUUGGAUCAUUUAAAAUACUUGCUGAAUGAUCCUUAAAAACAGUUUUUUUAGUUGAAAUUUCGGACAUAUAUUUUCGAGAACCUUAUAUACAAAAUCGUACAUUGUAUACAUAUCUAAAAUUAGUAGUGAAAAAGCAAAGUUUUUCAUGAAAAUAUAUGUAUAUUUAAUGAAGGCUAAUAAAAUGUGAUACAAAAUAAAAAAAA